AUGGACGUUGAGGCCCGGCAGGAGGAGCGGAACUCCCGAGGGGCUACGCGGAGGCGGUCUGCCGAGCCACCGAGGAGAAUCGGAAGAGGUUCCGGGACCGAGAGCCGUCGGAUGAGGAGCAGCAGCGGACGACGGAGGAGGAGGUGCGGUGGCAGCCAGGAUGCGCCAGGACCACGAGGAGGCGGCGGCGCGAUGGCAUGCCCGUCUGCAGGAAGCGGAACAGGAAGAGCAACGGUUGUGGGAGGAACCGGUGGAGGACGUGUGGGAGGUCCCACUCAGAAGCCCAGUCCGGGGCGGAAGGGCGAGGAUGAAGACGAGCCCUGCGUACCGUCCCCUCCGCAGUGGCUGUCGGAGGUGCCACCCACUCCCCGCUACGAGGGGGAGUGGUUCACGAGCGAGGACUGGAAUGGCGACGGAGGAGCCCCGGUGGCCACGACGCCGUGGAGGCCGCCCCGGCCGCCCAGGCCCGGAAUCCCACCAGGCGCAGGCGGAGGAAACGACGGUGGUGCGGACAGAGGUACCGGCAGCCCACGUGAGCCACAGCACGCGGGCAUUUGUGGCCAAGGCCGUGCGGUGGCGGUAGCAAACUGUGGUGUGGACGUGGCCGGAGGGACCCGUGACGGAGACAGCGAGGGAGGAGCCCAGGAUAUGGGAAGAAGGGGGCCCCAAGGUGAGCCCUCGGGAUCCCCGGACGAGAGGCCGACAGGGUGUGUGGGUCCCGCCGACGCCAAUUACAGGCCGACCAACACCGGCGACUACGAUCCCGACGGGGUAAGCGGAUGCACUGGAGAAGGGACCCUGGGUGUGGCCUAA